AUGGAUGUAGAAUUAUCUUUAGAUACAGCUAAAGUAUUUGAUGAGUUAUUUAAACUACUACGAAAUAACCAAAUUGAAGUCACUGCGGGUAGUAUCGAAUUACUUUUGGACCAAAGUGAAACAUCUGCUCUUAUAUCUUAUAUUUCCAAAUAUCCCAAGUCCUUACGCUCUCUAUUAUUGCUAAUUGGGAAUGAUGAGGAAAUUUUAUCUACUAAUGCAAUCAAGACCUUAAUAAAUCUCUCUCAAAAUCCCAACAUUUCAGAAGAACUAUGUAGCAAUUUAUCAGCUAUUGAAUACACUAUGGAUAAUUUAAGAGAACAAAUGAGAAGAUCUCCUGGUACUCCCUACCAUUGUGAUUUAAAUUUGAUGCUUAUUUCAAACCUUACUCGUAGUAGCAAAGGGAGAGAACUCUUUUUUAAAAAAACACAAAAAAACGAGAGUCUUUAUUUACCAUAUUUAUUAGAAUUACUAUACGGUUCUAAUAAUAAAGAAGAGCAAGGGAUGAUUAUAAAUAUUUUCAAUAACUGUACUAGUUGUGAACAAGGAAGGAAACUCAUUACUGAAAGUUCUAUUGGUAUUGAGAUUGUAAAUGUACUAUCAGAGAUUUUCCUAAAAAUGGUUCGAAAAAAGGAAUCUUGUGAAACCAUAGUUGGAAUAUUCACUCAUUUGUGUAUAGAUCGGGGGUGCCAUGAAUUUUUAAUGAAAGAUGAUUGUAAAGUGAUAAAAAUUCUUUGUUGUAUUCUAUAUCCUAGUAGAAAUAACAAGUUAAGAUAUAAGAAAAGUGAAAGUACUUUGAGAUUAUUAGAAAAUAAAAUUUUACACUUUCAAUCAGCAGAUAAAUAUGAAGUUCAAGAUUUAAGUUAUUUGUCUUGUGAAGUUAAUGAUAAUUCAAGUAAGAGAAAAGAAAUUAUAGAUGAGACAUGUGAACUAGAAUUAAAUGAAAAAAAGAUUCACUUUUUUAUUCAAGAGAAUUCAGUUGGACCAGUAAACUCAAAUAUAAGUCAAAAUAUUUUUGACUGCAUAUUAGUUUUAUUAUCUACAACCAAAGUUAGAGAAUAUCUUAGAAGCCUUGGGUUAUAUGAGGUCUUAAGAGUUUGGCAUUUAUAUGAACAGGAUCAAUCAAUUAAAAAGGGUAUUGAAGACAUAGUACAUCUUGUAGUAUAUAAUGAACAAGAGUUAGCUCAACAAGAUUAUGAUAUUAAGAAUUCUGUUUCAAUUAUUUAA